CUCGUCUUCGUUCACGGUCUUCAGGGCCACCCCGAAAGGACAUGGACGUACGGAAAGAUGGAGAAAGAAUCCAAGCUGGCGAAGCCCAAGAAUCGGUUAUCCAGGCUCUUUGCUCGCAAGAGCCACGCUGAAGACCACUCCGAUGAGCCUGCCUGCAGCGCCACUGGCACGCCGCCUCUCUUCUGGCCGCACGAACUCCUCAGCAAGGACUGCCCAAACGCUAGGGUUCUCACGUACGGAUAUGAUUCUCAAAUAUCAAACUUCUUCAAAGGCCCCGCCAACCAGAGCGGCAUUCUUGCCCAUGGCGUCUCUCUCAUGCGCGCGCUCGAGGUAGAACGACGAAAGUGUCGCAAACGACCCAUCAUAUUCCUUGUGCACAGCCUGGGCGGACUCAUAUUGAAGCAGGCUCUGAGUCGGUCCAAGACCGCCAUGGCCGAUCAGCAUGGUCUACGUGAUAUAUACGAGUCGACACACGCCAUCAUAUUCUUCGGCACGCCACAUCGCGGGUCUUCGUACGCGAAGAUGGGCGGUCUGGCGCGAGACAUUGCCGUCAUUGCCGGUUUCGAUGCCAGAGAUACAAUCCUCCGAUCUCUCGAACCCGACGCUGAAAUCUUAACGAUACUAGGCGAUGAGUUCGCGCGGAUGCUUCUUGACGGCUCGUUUAAGGUUCAUUCGUUCCAAGAGGGUAUGGGGUUUACGGGUGCUCACUUCUUGGAAACCACCGACUUCAUCAAUGCGAACCACAUGAUGAUGUGCAGGUUCCGCGACCCGCAUGAUCCGGGAUAUAGGAAGGUGAAAGGCGUUGUGACCCAGUAUCUGGACGAGAUUCAAUCCGCCCAAGCGCGAGAGGAUUCACAGAUGCCACACCGCAAAGCUGAUCGAUUCUUAGAAAUCCGCACCAGCCUCAGGGCGGCACAAAUUAACGAGAGAGUGGGCGAAGUCGAGACAGCACACGAUCAUACAUUCGACUGGGCAUUCUCCCCAUCCGAAACUGGUUUCCCGGAAUGGCUCCAGGGCAAUGACGGUCUCUUUUGGAUCACAGGGAAGCCAGGCUCGGGGAAGUCGACACUCAUGAAAUAUUUGCAUCAAGACGACCGCACCAAGGAGGCUCUUGCGCACAAUGGUCGGAAGAUCCUUGCCAUGCCUGAGUUCUACUUCCACGCCAGGGGCGCGGAGAGUGAAAAGUCAUUCGAUGGCCUCCUAAGAUCGCUCUUCUACCAACUACUAUCGGAGGUCCCGGAGCUGGUCGACUCCGUCGCCGGCAUUUACAACGAGUUCAAGGAGCAGGGUCUCCCAUGCCCCUGGUCCCUCCGCCAACUCCGAACCGCCAUGGACAAUCUACGUCGACAACAAGUUGAAGGCUGUAUUUGUGUUUUCAUAGAUGCCUUGGACGAGUACUCGGGUCCUAGGGAGGACAUUGCCGACUUCGUUAAGCGCCUCGCCUCUCCCGUCGAUGAAGGGGGCGUUGCCAAACUAAAACUCCGAGUAUGCGCAUCUAGCCGACCAGAGACCGCUUUCGUCUCGAAGCUAAAGGGCAUACCGAGUUUUGCUAUCCACAAUUGGACGCAGACAGAUAUCAUGCAAUACGCCUCUGAUAGGUUGGCCGAAUGCGACAGACCUGGAACUAACAUUAUACUGGACGACAUCACAAGCAAAGCGGACGGCGUCUUUCUCUGGGUUAAACUUGUUCUUGACGAGCUCUGGCAGCCCCUUUGCAACGGUAUGCCGGUAGAGGAAGCACGCACCAAGCUAUCCGAACUCCCCACGGGCCUCCCUGCCUUCUAUGAACGAAUGGUGAGGCAGAUACACGAGGAUGAUAAGCCCGUCCUCAUGGCCAUGCUGGAGCUAGUACUGUGCUUUGAUUACAACAAUCUCAAGCCAGGAAUUCUUUUGAAAUACUUCUGCCUCGGCAUAGACGUCAUGCAACGAAAGGAUCUGGCGACACCACAGGACAUACACUUGACCCCAGCCGAGGAUGAGAGACGGCGUCGCGAGGUAGAAAGACGCAUAAAGGCCUGCUCCGGCGGUCUCCUCGAGAUAUCGUCGACCGGCCGCGUGCAAUUCGUACAUCAAACGGCGAAGUCUUUCGUACAAGAUGCACACGACCUUGGCAUUUUCGACGGAAAGUCUACUCGAACCAUGGCAUUGGCUGGCAUGGAACGUAUGAUGCGCCUCUUCAUACUUCUCGUCAAGAAAAUGGAUUCCGCAGAAAACUGGAUCGGCUCCCUAGACUAUUCUGGCUUUCUCGCACCGACCUGUCCAGAGCGAUAUCCCCACUUCGCGACUUCCGUUGUUGUCGAAUUUCUCGGAUGGGCAUUGCUUUCUGAAUGUGCUUUCGAAACAACAUGCGUCGAGCUGAUCCAUGACUUUGAUAAGGCCAUGGUCACCUCCUGUGGCCAGAGUUGGCGCGACACAUGGUGGAGCACCGUUGAGUGGGAGGGUAAUAUUGUCCGGCCGACGAAUGAUUGGGUUCGCGGCAAUGUAAAACCGGCAUCUCUGUUGGAGUUUGCAAUGCAAACCGAGUUGUUUAUGUUCGUCGAAAUCGAACUCGAAAAGAAUAUACCGACAAACCCAGACAUCACCCGCAACCCCAAACUCUUAUUCUAUACCCUGAUAGGCAACGCGCUUUCUCGCUGGGAGGGGUCUCUGUUCCUUUAUCAUUCUCCCAAAUCCUGGCUGGACUUUGCACGCGAAGGAUAUGAAAGCGACGAGCAGGCAACCUGUUUGCACCGGGUCUCAAUCUUACACUUGGCAUUGGCGAUAGCUUGUUGCCGGGUUAGGGUAGAGCGGUGGUAUUAUCAAACGGUCUACCGAUUGGAUAUGCUCCGGGUUCUUGUGGAAGCAGGUGGCAACGCCGGUACCUCCAACUACCGGAAUCACUGGAGCGACGAAAGCUUCAUCAUCGAACGAUCUGCAGUUCACUACUUGCUCUCGUCCCGCUUUGAGACUGAUAAUUCGAGCCACGACAAUGCAAGCGACGGGAAUACCGAGGUGUCCAAUGCCUUGCACAAAUGCAUCAUCGCCUUCCUGGACCACGGGGCUGACCCAAACGCUGUCGACAGCAUCGGCAUCAGCGUCCUUGAGCUUGCCGUGGCAUGGCACCCCUAUGACUUGGUCCAAGCCCUGCUUGAAAAGGGCGCGAGGGUAACACCGAGCCUCCUAUCAGCCUCUGGUGAGCCAACAGACAAAGCCGACGGGAUCCUGAAGGAGCUGCGUUGGAGAAGGCCCGAAUGCUAUACGCCCGAGGCACGGCGCAUUGCUGUGGGUUAUAACCCGCACUGGGGGGUGUUGGAAGAGGAAGAGCGGCAAGGAUCAGAGGUUCAACAACCACAGGAAGAGACGGACGGCGGUCUCUUGGGGGGUGUUGGGUUGCACGUCGGGAACUUGGUUGGAUCGGUGAAAGAUUGGACUUGGAAACGCAUUGCUAACGGCCGCACGAACUGA